AGCCUCAUCGCAACAAUCUCCUUCUUCUGAUUGAUUCUCUCUAUUUGUGAAGGCACACUGGUUUUUGUGCUGGUGUUGAAGCAAUGGGUAGUUCGUUUAACGCUCAGAUAUUAGUUGAGAAGCUUGCCAAGCUCAACAAUUCUCAAGCAAGCAUAGAGACUUUAUCACAUUGGUGUAUCUUUCACAUGAACAAGGCAAAGCAUGUUGUAGAAACAUGGGGUAGGCAGUUUCAUUGUGCCCCACGUGAGCAACGUUUGGCAUACUUGUACCUCGCGAAUGAUAUCUUGCAGAAUAGCAGGCGAAAAGGUGCGGAGUUUGUAGGUGAGUUCUGGAAAGUACUCCCUGAUGCUCUUCGUGAUAUGAUUGAAAAUGGUGAUGACUUUGGAAGAAAAUCUGCACGUCGAUUGGUUAAUAUAUGGGAAGAAAGGAAAGUUUUUGGAUCCCGUGGACAAAUUCUUAAAGAAGAACUUCUGGGAAGGCAGCCUGAAAAUGGAACCAGAAAUGGAAAUCUCGUGCCACUUAAGCUCUCUGUUCCUCAGAGACAGGCAAAUGGAUCUACACUAGAGAAAGUAGUGUCUGCUGUUGAAGUUCUUCAUGGUGUACAAAUUGAUGAGGAUGCUAUUGUUGGAAAAUGUACUAAUGCUACUGGUUACCUUGAGAAAACAACACAAGAAGUUGAGAGAGAUCUUAGUUCAGGACACACCCCCGGGCCAGCGGUGGUAAAGGAGUUGCAGGGACAACAUGCCAUAUUGAGAGACUGCAUCGAACAGCUAGGGGCAAUGGAGACAUCCAGAACAAGUCUUGUCUCACAUUUGAGAGAAGCUUUACAAGAACAGGAACUCAAGCUGGAGCAAGUCCGUAACCACCUUCAGAUUGCACGGUUUCAAUCAGACCGAACUGGUGAUCUCUGCAGACAGCUUCUAGACCACAGUGGUAGUUCACGGCCUCCUGCUACAGAAGAAGAAGAGUCAAAAGAAGCCAUCAAAGGUUCAUCCGCUGUAGCAGCACCACAAAGCUUCACACACAGUGAUGUGGAACAAUCUGCACCGGUUAUGUUUGCUUCAAACCCAACUCAAACAGUUGGAGACCCAAGAAAAACUGCUGCUGCCGCAGUGGUAGCUAAGCUAACUGCCUCAACUUCCUCAGCCGAGAUGCUCUCCUAUGUUCUCUCAUCCUUAGCCUCCGAAGGCCUCAUUGGAAACAAUAACCCACCUGCUGUAACAGAAACUCUAUCAUCCGUUGACUACCCACCAGAGAAAAGACCCAAGCUUCAAAACCAAGACGAGUCCUAUCUCCCACCGCACCAACAGAACACUGUAACAACAUCAUCCACCACACCCCCACCACCGCUUCCACCACCACCACCAUUCCAGCUUCAACCGCAGUUCUUGCAGCCCUUACAGCCUCCUGGUCCUGUAAACCACACACCAUUCAACUACAGCAUAGCCACCACUACUGCAACCACACAGCAGCAGCAACAACAAGAACAAGGUCCUCCUUGGGUUCCUGGGCUCACUCAACUUUCAACAACCUCUGCUCCAUCGGAGAAUUCAUACCAGAAGUUUCAGGGACAAGAUGGUUUCUGUGGCAUUAACUCAUCAGUGCCUAUUACACCUGUCACUCGACAAAAGAUAAAUCAAAUGCCGGAGGAAGAUUUGGUAGAACUUAAAUUCCGGUUAUAUGACGGUUCAGAUGUUGGCCCGUUUCAGUACUCUCCAACCGCCACAGUCUCAAUGCUCAAGGAGAGAAUUGUCUCUGAAUGGCCUAAAGGGGCAAUGGAGACAUCCAGAACAAGUCUUGUCUCACAUUUGAGAGAAGCUUUACAAGAACAGGAACUCAAGCUGGAGCAAGUCCGUAACCACCUUCAGAUUGCACGGUUUCAAUCAGACCGAACUGGUGAUCUCUGCAGACAGCUUCUAGACCACAGUGGUAGUUCACGGCCUCCUGCUACAGAAGAAGAAGAGUCAAAAGAAGCCAUCAAAGGUUCAUCCGCUGUAGCAGCACCACAAAGCUUCACACACAGUGAUGUGGAACAAUCUGCACCGGUUAUGUUUGCUUCAAACCCAACUCAAACAGUUGGAGACCCAAGAAAAACUGCUGCUGCCGCAGUGGUAGCUAAGCUAACUGCCUCAACUUCCUCAGCCGAGAUGCUCUCCUAUGUUCUCUCAUCCUUAGCCUCCGAAGGCCUCAUUGGAAACAAUAACCCACCUGCUGUAACAGAAACUCUAUCAUCCGUUGACUACCCACCAGAGAAAAGACCCAAGCUUCAAAACCAAGACGAGUCCUAUCUCCCACCGCACCAACAGAACACUGUAACAACAUCAUCCACCACACCCCCACCACCGCUUCCACCACCACCACCAUUCCAGCUUCAACCGCAGUUCUUGCAGCCCUUACAGCCUCCUGGUCCUGUAAACCACACACCAUUCAACUACAGCAUAGCCACCACUACUGCAACCACACAGCAGCAGCAACAACAAGAACAAGGUCCUCCUUGGGUUCCUGGGCUCACUCAACUUUCAACAACCUCUGCUCCAUCGGAGAAUUCAUACCAGAAGUUUCAGGGACAAGAUGGUUUCUGUGGCAUUAACUCAUCAGUGCCUAUUACACCUGUCACUCGACAAAAGAUAAAUCAAAUGCCGGAGGAAGAUUUGGUAGAACUUAAAUUCCGGUUAUAUGACGGUUCAGAUGUUGGCCCGUUUCAGUACUCUCCAACCGCCACAGUCUCAAUGCUCAAGGAGAGAAUUGUCUCUGAAUGGCCUAAAGACAAGAAGAUUGUUCCAAAAUCAGCUAGUGACAUCAAGUUGAUAAAUGCUGGUAAGAUUUUGGAGAAUGGUAAAACUGUUGCACAGUGUAAAGCUCCAUUUGAUGAUCUCCCUAAAUCCGUCAUUACAAUGCAUGUUGUCGUGCAACCGUCUCCAACAAAAGCAAGACCAGAGAAAAAAAUCGAAAAGGAAGAAGCCCCACAGAGAAGCUUUUGCUCAUGUACCAUAAUGUGAGAACAAGAAGUCCCAAAUCUUAAAAUCUGAAAGAGUUAAGUUUUGCUUCUCUGUGGUUUUGUCCUAAAAGACCCUAAAACAUAAACUACCAUUUCCGCGCUUCAUUUUCGAUAUGUUCUUCACAAGUUGAUAGAAAUCUUCAUCAAUGGCGUUAUAAAGCUAGUCUAUUAGAGUUGUUUCUUUUGAGCUGUGAUGAAAAACUUUUCUUUGGAGCAUCCUUUAUAAAGAUAAGAGUUUGUU